UUAUAUUUUCUAUUAUAAGUAGCAAUAAUUUCACGUUAUUAGAAAUCUUCUAUUAGCUGAAUUGUAAUGUCAGGCAAUUGAACUUGCAUUUGCCUUAAUUUUCUAUUAUAAAUAAUAGAUAUUGCAUGUUAUUAAAGCUUAUUCUUUUUUAGCUGAAUUAGAAUUCCAUGCAGCUGCAAUUAGGAUUAACAUAAUUUCGAAAUUUAAGAUAAGAUUUUAUUAGUAAAAUUCGCAUUUCUUCGCUUUUGCAAUCUGAAUGAAGUCGCUUUCUGUAUUAACUGGACUUACCGUUUAACUGAGUAUUUUGCUUUGUUAGCUCGUUUUUAUUUUCAGCUAAAUAUUAAGCAAAAGCUUAUUUUUACAAUAAUGUAAAAUUUUAAGGAAAUUUCUAUUCUAUUGAAAGUACAUAGUUUUACGGCAAGAAUUUGAGCGUCAUGCACGAGCACAUUUGAAAAUGUUAAUCAUGCAUAUAAAUAAAUUUCUAGAUCACUCAAUAAAAUAUUGUAUAGCGCAACUCUCAAGACGCUCAACAAGGCAAACAAGCAAUCAAAUCAAGGAAGAUACUAGAAUAACAGUGCAAAUGAAAUUGUUUUGCGAAGGCAAAUGCAUAUACAAACAUAAAAUAAGCAGCAAACUCUUAUUAUAUAUUUUAUGGAGAAUUAUAGAGCCGACUUAUAUUCAUACAUAAGUAUUGUUGUGUUCUUGUAAAUCGCGAUCGAUUGAAAUUCGUAUACGUUGUCCUUUAAGCUGGCGCCAGGAAAUAUUCGCACUAAGUUUUAUUUGAAUAUCUCUUUGAGGUCAUAAGAAUAAUUCUUUGUCUAUUAAAGGCGCGUUUGGAAGGAGAUCAUGCUCGUUUUUGGAUGCAUUAAAUAUUUGCUUCUAGCUUUUUAGAUUUGCGGCCAAGUCGAAGUGAUGCGUUUUGAAAGGUCUAAUAAUUAUUAUAUUAAAUUAAAUUCAUUUACAAUUUUUAUAAAUUAUGCGCCAAGCACAUGUUUAUGUUAAAUAUCAAAUAUUUAAUUUUAAAUUUUUUUUAAAACAUUCUUGAGUUUUUUUUUUUUUUUUUUAAGUGUACUUAGGAAAAACCGGAAUUUGUUGAUAAUUAUUAAAAAAAAAAAAAAAAAUCAUGAGAAUUGUUUUAGUCGUUGUAAUGCUUUAGAAUGCUUUGUAUAAUAUAAACAUUUAUUCUCACUCUUUCUAACUGCGACCGCAAUUUGAUCAGAUCAGCUGAAAGCGAAUCUCUUUUUACCCGUCAUAUAUAUAUUUUCAACUAUUCAGACGUAAUUAAAUAAUCACAACAAUGGUUGGGAUGCGGUUGGUAAAUAAAUCGAAAAUUUUAUCGAUUAAUUGCAUGUUAAUGUUGUUGGGAAUGAUUGCGACGCCAUUCGCUUACAAAUCGAACAAAGCUUAUUACGUCUAUAACGUGGCUCUGUUGCAAUGGCGAGAUGCGGAAAGUUAUUGCGCCAAACGAAACAUGCAUCUCGUGUCUAUAGAAAGUGAAGGUGAAGCGAAUUUUUUGAAAAAUUUCAUAAGACUCAGAUAUCAAAAAAUGCCACCGUAUUGGACGGGCGGUCAUAAGGUCAACGGUGAAUGGCAUUGGAUAGCUAGUGGGGAAAAAAUCAAAGAUUUUAUUUGGCAUGCUGGUGAGCCGAACGAUAUGAAUAGCAAUGAAGGUUGUAUUCAUACCUGGGUUAACGAAUUCGAUUGGAACGAUGAUCGUUGCAACGAAAAAUUGCCUUUCAUUUGUGAGCUGCAAACCUAAAUUUUACUCUUUUAACAUAAAUAUUACUUGUAAAGCAAUGCAAUUAAAGCAACAUAUUACAGUGAUUUAAAAUACAUUUUCAUUGUCAAUUGUGGGAAAUUUUCUUUCAUGAAAGGUUUCGAUGAGUUCAUAAAUACAAAUAUUAUCAGCGCUUGUGAUCGAACAGCAACUCACAAGUCUUACGGCACCGCUGCGAGAACGUUUUCAAUAUUAACAAAGUUAACCUGUGAUUACAGUAAAUUAAGCUGCCUAACGUUAAACUCCUACCUCGAACUUUGUCAGGAUGGUUUUCCAUUUCAGUGACUAUAUAUGUUAAAAUUGCUAGGUUCUAUUGUCGAGAUUCAAUCUCUCCUUAAGGGUAGGAAAAAAAAAUAAAUACGAGAUUCCUGUAAGGAGUUAGAUCUUCCUUCACAUUGAUUGAUCUUUGAUGAUUUGUGAUUGGUGAGCUGUCGGAUUAAUAUAAUGAAUGUGAGAGAGUGCAAUAAUAAUUCUACUAUUUUCUUAUUAAAAGUGCGGGCUACGGAACAAAGGUUGAGUGAAUGACCCAAACCAAGCAAUAGCGCUACCACUAACAUCACUUAUAAUAGCUCACCGAUUCAUGAAGCUCAACCGCAAACACAAAUAUAAUCACAACAACAAUAACAAUAAGAAUUGUGGCAAUCUACAAUGACAACAGCAGCAAGUCUUCCAACGACACUCGUUGAACGUACUAUAACAUCUUUGGAAAUUCCAGCUGAGGAAUAACGUCAGUUGCGCCAAAGGCAGCCAAAAAAUAAAGAAUGGGUCAACAAUAAAUUACGCGUCUUAGACGAAUAAAAUCAAUUGCUGCGCGAACCAAAUCACAAAGGGUAACCAGCAGUUGGGAUUAUUAAAAAAAUGGCAUUGCCGGCACAGUGCUAUUGGACCGGUGCGUAAUAGUUUGAGGUUGGAUGUGCAAGAUUUGUGAUACUUAAGAGAUAAUCAGUCGCCCUUGAACCAUAUCUUACUCGCACCAGUGGCAGCGUCAGCGAAAUUCUUCGCCGAACUACCAUUGGAAAAGAUACCUGAUUGACUGAUGAAUAGCAAUCCAGCGUUCAUGGCGUAUAAAGGUGAAAACAUUCUUAAUAUUAAAAUGCUUGCAAAAUUUGUGCAUUUGUUUUUUUUUUUUUUACGUAAAAGUGGACUUCAAAGCUAUACUUUUAUAUAUAUGUAUAUAUGUAUAUACAUGUAUGUAUUAUUGAAAUAUUUCAGACCACACAAAGAAUUCAGUUUUGGCACAAAACGCUUUGCAGCAUUGGUUCGAUCUGCCCGAAUUACAAAUCGAAAUGACUUGUGUAUUAGUUAAGCAGAGCUUUAGACAAACGGGCCAACAACUAAAUGCGGGCGUCCAGGUAAACAAGAAACAGAAUAAACAGACACGCGUAACAAAAUGCUGUCGUCUUAGUCUCGUUUCUCUUUUACUUUUGUUUUUUUUUACCAUUAAAAAAAGAAAAAGUUGUUAAAAAAUGUGUUAUUAUUUUGUACGAACAACAAUUAUUUUCGUUUCCGAAAACAACUUAAACAAAAAUUUUAUUAAAACGAAUACAACGGGAAAAGUUGCAUUCGCCUUGAGUCAAAUCUUUAAUGACCACCAACUCAAGCCAGCACAUCCAUUCAAUUGGUUGCCCGCCGCGUCCGCAUCUCUACACUCAUCUUCUAAGACAUGUUCGCAAUAGUCACACAAUAUUUAAAAUAACGAUGCAAUAAAAUAGCAUGUUGAUCAUAUCCAUAUUUGCUCCCAAGUCUGAUAUAUUUCUAUCAAUCAAUAUUAUAAGCAUUUGCUAUGGAUUGUUGGUUGUAGUUUUUUAUUUAUUGAGGGCAGAUUACGUUUGUUUGCGCCCUUGGUCGACGAGAAUAAACUAAGACUGUAAUUAGCGAGUUUCAUAUCGCAAUCUCUAGUUUUGUUGGGCAGGACCUAAAUGUUCAAUUAUAACGGACGAGGUAUUAAAAUCCUUCCGUCGAUUAACAUAAAGAUCAUGCAAUUCUCGAAAGGAAAAAUGAAAUUUCGGAAAUUUAUACGAAUGGGUUCAUUGAGAAUGUCAACAGUUAAAGGGACAUUGUCUAUCAAUAUAUUUUAUUUGAACGGGAACGAAUAUCUUAGUUACCCUAUUUCGCUAUCCUAUAGUAUUUCGCCGUAUUUCGACUUAUUCCAGUUUCAAUAGAUUUCUCUCUUGCUUAGGCCAAAGUCUUUGAUCAGUUGACGUCAGAACUUUCGAUCGAAAAAUUUAUCUCUUUGCUGAAUUUGCUUAAUUGUAAUGCUAAGUGAUUGAAUUUCAAUUUUCUUCAAUUAUACCCUACGCCACUUGUGGGACAGUGGGUAGCAAUUUUGUUUGAGUGUAUGUAGUACUGACAAGAAAGGGUUAAGAUAGAUCUACCUUCUGUUGUACUAAUUUAAAGGUAUCUUUGAUAUCUUAUCUGUGAAUUUGAUUUUAAUGAAAUGUAAAACGUCGAGUUGCUUUGGUCGAUGAAGAGGUCCUAUUGAAAUUUUUACCAUUCCAUUAAGAGAAAAUGCAAUUUGAAAAAAUUUCUCGACAAUAAUCGCAGAGUAAUAGUGUUCCGGCGUAAAAUGUGGAUCGGAUGGAUCGAUGUUUUGAAUCCCUUAUAUAUGUAAUAUUUGCUACGAAAGCUAAGCCCUUUUAGAGCACACUAGCCUAAUUUUAAUUUAAUUUCACAACGAGAACUGUACCGUAGUAGUAUUGCAAAGUAAAACUCAAGUCUACUAAAUUUACACCAUGCAAGUCUAUUCUUUGUAUCUCGUAUAUUUGGUUUUCUGAUGAAGAGAACCUCGAACGAAGACUUCAAAUUUUCAAUAUUUCAUGAUGUAUGGCAAUUGCGUAGAAAUUAACGGUGUCAUAUUUGCACUACGCAGGUCUACAUUUAGAGUCCCUCCUUUUCGCAAAAGCAUACGCAUGAAAAGUAAGCCUUUGUAUAGCAAUGGAAACUACUUUUUGAACACUUUAUGACGAAUAAUUGUAAAAAGAUAAACUAACUAAUCUUGCUAUCAGUUUAUGUUGUGCGGCCGGCCUCCUUUAAACACGCAAAGGAUACUAUAAUUACAUGGAAACAAUGCAUAAUUAUUGAGCUUGAGUAAUAUAUAUUCGCGUAUUAUAAUUAAAGCUGAAUAUCUGCAAAUAAAUAAUAAGCUGUAAGCGUAUUUUCAAAUGAUUCUUCUCAACAAUUUCAAUAAUUAAUGGAAUCAAUUU